AUGCCCCUUCAAGAGUGCGUGGAUGCCUUCAACCCGAGAAGUGACGUUGUUGCCAAAAUGAGCAUGCUGGUCAACCCAGGCCUUCACGAGCUUCUCCUUGUACAAGUCAAGCCACGUCUGCUUGAUGUAGCUAACCUCGUCAACGUACUCUGGCACAUAGCGUCUUUCAAGCUCGUCAAGCUGUCGGUUGUAUGCUUCUUCGUCUAUGGAAUUGACGAUUGCAAACCAGUACCCGAAGAAUUCCGUCCAUUUCUCAAUGCUUUGCUCGUCACCCUCGCGGCGCACGAACGCAGGUCUGCAGUAGGCCAGUACUGCCUUAUUUGCGUGCCAGAGACAUAG